AAUGCAUCUAUAAACUGGUUUGUUAACUGCCAUUAAAACUGUACGACGACGAAGAAGAAGAAAGCUUCCGCCGAGUGAGCUGUCAAUGCAACACUUGAAACGUAAUUCCCAGUGAUAAGGAAGCCUCAUGUUGGUCAAAUUCCGGAGAUAGUUUUAAUGAAGCUGCUUUAUGGACCAUCUUGAGUAAAGCGACCCCGUUCAAAGACAUGGCAGAGCAAGACACCAAACAGCACAUGCCAGGUGUAAGAGAAGGGGAGACACAUUCAACAAAUAUGGAUCAUGUCUCACCAAAUAAUGAGUUCACACAGGAAAAAACUGAUAUUACUCUGAAUAUUCAGCACUCAGAUGGUAAAAUUUUCAAGAAAGACUCAGCUUCAUCAUCUGCAUCCACAAAGAGACACGCUGAAAACAAUAACAGUGAUGAAGGCAUGGAGCAGGGUGACAUUAAAAACUGUGAUUCAGGUGAAGAGAAGAGGGCACCUCUUAAGGAACCAUCAGCUUCUUCAAAUGAGGCCAACCUGCUGACUGCAGAGGACAACAGCACCUUAACUGAGAGCCAUGGUGAUCCUAACAGAGCGACACCAAGGAAUGAGCGACUGACUGCCAUAGAAGACCACACUGGAGACGAGAAAGCUCCAAAAACAACUACUCCACCCACCGUGGAUGACAGAGAGGAUAAGGCAGAAGGAGUCAAUGCUAAAGUUAAUGAAGAAGUCACAGGCACCGACAGGACAGACACUGAGGCUGGAGAGGAGGAAGACCACACUGAGAGGAAGAAAGCUCCAAAAACAACUAGUCCACCCACCGUGGAUGACGGAGAAUAUGAGCAGACAGACGGGCCCAGUGCUAUAGUUGAUGAAGAAACCACAGGCAUCGACGAUGCAGACAAUGAAGCCAACGAGGACUGUGAUUCAGGUGAAGAGAAGAUGACACCUCUUAAGGAACCAUCAGCUUCUUCAAAUGAGGCCAACCUGCUGACUGCAGAGGACAACAGCACCUUAACUGAGAGCCAUGGUGAUCCUAACAGAGCGACACCAAGGAAUGAGCGACUGACUGCCAUAGGAGAAGACCACACUGGAGACGAGAAAGCUCCAAAAACAACUACUCCACCCACCGUGGAUGACAGAGAGGAUAAGGCAGAAGGAGUCAAUGCUAAAGUUAAUGAAGAAGUCACAGGCACCGACAGGACAGACACUGAGGCUGGAGAGGAGGAAGACCACACUGAGAGGAAGAAAGCUCCAAAAACAACUAGUCCACCCACCGUGGAUGACGGAGAAUAUGAGCAGACAGACGGACCCAGUGCUAUAGUUGAUGAAGAAACCACAGGCAUCGACGAUGCAGACAAUGAAGCCAACGAGGACUGUGAUUCAGGUGAAGAGAAGAUGACACCUCUUAAGGAACCAUCAGCUUCUUCAAAUGAGGCCAACCUGCUGACUGCAGAGGACAACAGCACCUUAACUGAGAGCCAUGGUGAUCCUAACAGAGCGACACCAAGGAAUGAGCGACUGACUGCCAUAGGAGAAGACCACACUGGAGACGAGAAAGCUCCAAAAACAACUACUCCACCCACCGUGGAUGACAGAGAGGAUAAGGCAGAAGGAGUCAAUGCUAAAGUUAAUGAAGAAGUCACAGGCACCGACAGGACAGACACUGAGGCUGGAGAGGAGGAAGACCACACUGAGAGGAAGAAAGCUCCAAAAACAACUAGUCCACCCACCGUGGAUGACGGAGAAUAUGAGCAGACAGACGGACCCAGUGCUACAGUUGAUGAAGAAACCACAGGCAUCGACGAUGCAGACAAUGAAGACAACGAGGAUGCUGGAAAUGACCCUGACAUACAGAAGAGCACAACCCCCCCACAGAUAUCAUUGCCAUGUAAAGAAGAAGAGAAAUACAAAUGUAGAAGUGACAUUGAAAACAUUGGCCCUGUCACUCAGCAGACUACUGAACCUGCACUUCCAGUGGUUGCUGGAAGUCUUGGAGGAUCUAAAAGAUGGCUGCUAGCAGUGGGUAUAGCGGGUAUGGUCAUUGCCGUCCUGGCGAAGUAUUUCUUCUCCCCCGAGUCUCCACCUCAGAAAGACGACAUGCAGCAAAUAAACAUUUUCCUAAAGCAGAUGGAUAAAUUAAACACACGGUUCCCUAACCAGCGUGUUGAACUCUGGAAUAGGAGCAAGAUCCACUUGUUGAGGCACCUCCAGACAGCCCAGCCCACAGAGCCGGUCAGUCUGAUCCUGACUGCGGGCGUCAGAGCCGAGCAGACGCUGCACUGCCUGGCUCAGGGCCUGGCCUCCGCUUUCUCUUCUGCCCACAACGCCUCCGUCCUCCACAUUGAUGGAGCCAGCAAAGCCAGCCAGGACAGCGACCAGGUCAAACUGGACAUCGACAGCAAGUUGCAGGGCGCUUUUGAAGGAGACAAACCUGUGGCUGUCAUUCACCGCUUUGAGGAGCUGCCUCCAGGGUCCACCCUCAUAUUUUAUCGCUACUGUGACCACGAAAACGCCGCCUACAAGAAGACGUUUCUGAUCUUCACAGUACUGCUGGGAGAAGAAGAGGAGAUUCCUGUUAAUAGUCGUUUGAGUACUGUGGAGGAAAUGGUGGAUGACCACCUUCAGAAGAAAUUCCUCUCUCACGGACAUCCUGUAUCUUUUGACAGGAUGGACCUUGACAAGUAUGGUGGACUAUGGAGUCGUAUUUCUCACCUCAUCCUGCCUGUGACUGCAGAGGAAAGGAUGGAACAUGAAGGAUGCUUGGGGAUAUAAAUGCACCCUCUUGCUUUAACUUUUCAAGCAGUGAACUUGACCUCCUAUCUAACAGCUAUCUCACUGGGUGACUGUGGUCAUUCUGAGGAGUGUAGCAGUGAUUUUAAAGAGUUUCUUAGAUGCAUACAGGCUAUAUUGAAGCUCACAACAGAUGAGGGCAUCACGUAUCAAUACUACACUUAAGAUAAUGCUUUGGGAUGUUUGUGAACAUUUCUGUAAACAUUCACUAUGAAAAAAGUUUUACAAAAAGCCAUGGUGCUCUGUUGUAUUAUUACUUUGAUCAAAUGUAAUUUCAGACAAAGAAAUUCAACUGGGGCUCUGUGGAUGUUUUCAAUAUAUGUGCGAUUUUGAUGCUAACUACUGAAAUGUAUGUAAAUUGUUUAAUGUAAGAUCUGAUUGUUCUCCUAUGGAUAAUGAUCACAAAGAAAUACAUUGUAGAACUAUUGUUUUGGUUUCACAACACCAGGAUUAAAGUAGUUAAUGUAUUUUUAUGACAAACGUCACACUUGUCAAACCUACAUGGCACCAACAUGCCUUAUCUCAACCUCCCAUUUUCUAUACAUGAACAUGUAUCACACUAAAGACGUCUGAUGAAGAUCAGUGCAUAAAUUGAAUGUGCCUUAAUGUACAAAUAAACAGCUACGUUACAAU